GGCCCCAGUCCGUCGCUGCUGCUGCUGCUGGGAUUAAGUGCUGGCAGCCAAGGCGAAGCGAGGGAGCCGCUCCAGCCCAGCGCCUGAGAGUUGGCUGCGGUCCGGUGGGUCUCCUUUGCGGGCAGGAGAGGGGCUCUUGGCAGCCAAAGGAGUAGAAGGGGAAAGCCCAGAGUCCCAAGGAGCCCCAGGGGAGCUUUCGAGAGCUGGGCAGCUUUCCUGAGAAGGAAGGAAGGCCACCCAUCUCCUUCUGUCUCUGAUCUACAAUGAGUGCCAAAUCUGCUAUCAACAAAGAAAUUUUCGCUCCACAUGAUGAAAGGAUGUUGGGAGCAGUCCAAGUAAAAAGGAGAACGAAGAAAAAGAUUCCUUUUUUGGCAACUGGAGGUCAGGGUGAAUAUCUAACCUACAUCUGCUUGUCAGUGACGAACAAGAAACCUACACAGGCAUCUAUUACAAAAGUCAAGCAGUUUGAAGGUUCUACAUCUUUUGUACGAAGGUCACAGUGGAUGUUAGAACAGCUUCGUCAAGUUAACGGUAUAGACCCUCAUCGGGAUUCCCCAGAAUUUGAUUUACUAUUUGAAAAUGCUUUUGACCAAUGGGUAGCAAGCACAGCCUCUGAAAAAUGUAUGUUCUUCCAAAUUCUACAUCACACCUGUCAACGGUACCUUACAGACAAAAAGCCAGAGUUUAUUAAUUGCCAGUCUAAAAUAAUUGGAGGAAACAGUAUACUGCAUACGGCAGCAGACAGUGUGACCAGCGCAGUACAGAAGGCAAGUCAGGCUUUGAAUGAACGUGGUGAGAGGUUAGGUCGAGCAGAAGAAAAGACAGAGGAUAUGAAGAACAGUGCUCAGCAGUUUGCAGAAACUGCACACAAGCUUGCCAUGAAGCACAAAUGCUGAAAAUGCCUAAUGUAGAGAUCUUUCCAAGAGGAACUGAAAAGCUAGGUUCAUCUGUUUUUACUGGAGAUCCUUUUUCUCACAGUUCAGUUAAACUCAGUUAACUUCAGUUGUUAUGUAGGAAAUAAGUUGCAUUCCUACCCUUUCUAUUGCUAAGCCAUUCUGCAAUAUCUCCAUUUUUUAAAAAAAAAACAUAUUUAAAGUAAGAGGCGGUGUUAACAUGGAAAUAGGACCAAAGGAUAUAUUGAACUGCAUGUAUCUGCAGCACCCCACUGUUCCCAGAAGUAAGGAAGAAAAAAUAAAUUGAGCUACAAGAAAGAUUACUGAAUAAAAAUAAAAUCCAACCAGCUGUUUCAUAAUAGUCUUUGCAGUUACACAGCUUAUUCCUCCUGUCACUGGGCAAAGCCAAGUGGUUUGAUAUUAAAAAACAGCCUGUGAUUUCGUUUGUGCCAUUUUUACUAAACAUAUUUUGCAUGAGCCAUCACCAGCAAUACAGUACAGAUUUGAAUGUGAGAUGUUGCCCUUUUGUCAACAUUGCAUUCCUUUGUUUCUGCUUUCUGCAUGUAUGAUUUAGAUUCUACAAUAAUAUCACCAGGAAUGCACAGUUCAGAUAUGAAGUCCUAAGAAAAAUCUGAUUACAUUUCUAAUCAGGAAUUUAGCAGCAAAAUUAUAGAAGGGCUUUUUUUUUCUUUUAAAAUUACAUUUAAAAAAAACUUUAAAACCUAUAGAGCUAAUGCAGUGUUAAUGUUAAAUAGAGUAGAGCACUGAAAUCAGGAGACCUAUAUUAAGUAUUCAUUUCAGUGACUUUCUUCUAUAGAGCAGUAAUGUUGGGUUUAACCCCAUAAUAUGCCAGAAUAAUUUCGUGAUUUUAAUAUAACUCGAAACAGUCCAAGUGUCUGCAGUUCUACUGCUGUCAGACAUGCUUCAGCUUUACUGGACUCUGUUUUUCUCAUCAUUUGUUGUCUGUCCCUUGUUGGCAAGAGAAGGAAAAAGACAUGGUUCCACUUGGUGUCACUGAGAAAGGAUCAUAUUAAUUCUAGAGUAAAACAUAAUGAAAUAUACUUCACUACCUUAACAGUUUGUUUAGUAAAAACACUUGCCAAAAACAUCCUAUUUCACAUUUGUUAUGAAGUUACGCUUUCUAAUCUAUCAAGACCAAUACAUGUUCAGAUGCCUCUUGGAUUGGGUACUUCACAAAUGGGAACUGCACAAUAAAGUUGCUGGUAUUGGAGCUCUGUAUCCCGAAUUUAGAUGAGGGUUUCCUAUGGAGUUCCCAACACUUGAUGUGGAUGAACAUACCUUCAACAUACCUUGAACAUGAAGUCAGUUCUGUUAGCUACAAUCAGUCACUUAGGAUAUUCAGUGUGAAGGCAGGCAAGAGGAAGGGUAUAAAGUCCAGGCCAUUCUCCCAUAGCAGGUAAAAUUGAAUGAGAGCCUGGAUUCUGUCAUCCCCUCUAAUAUCACUGAACAUAUGCUGGGCUGAGUCAACAGCAUGCCGAUCCAUGCUGCAUCUGUGAAACUAUGGAUCAGCAUCAUGUUGUACAUUCAUUUCCUAGCUAAUUUUCUAUUCAAAUUUUUUUGCCUGUAUUUGAAAUUUUUCCUAAUGAGAAUUUUAUACCCAAAAAACUUAUGUAAGCAGAUGCUACUACAUCACGGAUGUCAAUUGGAACAGGUAAUAAUAGGAGUCCAGCGGAAAAGAAAGGCUUGUAGAUAAUGAAGAAGGUCUUAUUUGUACAGGUAUAACAAAAGAAGCAGCUUUUAAUACAGAGGAUUGCUAAACCAACAUAGGGAGGAAAUCCAGUUAAUCAGAUUAAUGCACAACAUAUGUGGGUAUACCACCAAAAUAGAAAUUGUGUACAACCAACAGAAUGUUUUCAUGCACAACUGUAGAUGGCUUAACAGCAAAACCCCGCCAACCAAACAUUUUACAAACCAGAAUAAUUUAUUUGUUUUGAAAUGAUGGCUCCCCUGUUUCAGUCAUCACUCAAAUGCCAAAUAUCUUAAUAAGGUCUCCCCCAAGAGAUUGAUGUCUUUUGAAAUUAGAUUUGCAAUAAAGAAUGAAACAUUUUCUUUUAUAAAAUAUUAUUGCACAGCUUUCCCAAAGCAAAGUGUAUGCUAUUAUUUCAUUACCCUUGCUAGUUAAAAUGAAAAUGUAUAGGCAAUUGGAAUACAAAUUGGACAUGCUCCCAUACUCCCAUAAUACAUUCACAGUGUCAGUUUGGCUCCAGUGUUAACAAUUCAUCUAGGAUAAUAGAAGGGUUUGCCUGUAGUGCUCAUUGCAUACAAGCCAAGAGGGAGUAAGCUUUUUGUCAUGCUAAUCCUAUACAGCUGGGUUUGGAACUGAAUGGCACAACCCCAUGGGCAGGACUAAUCAGAUGGGCCUUUAUGCCCAGUUGCAUCCUUCAACAUACACACACACAACCCUAUCAAAUAGCAACUGCCAUGUGGCCAUAGAUCCAAAGAGGUCUCAGAUUAAAUCCCCAGCAGGCAUCAAUAAAGAUUAGGUAACAUGAUACUGUAUAUCAUGACAACUAUUUUUACUAAGUUCCAGGUUUUUUUAUUUUUAAACUAGGAAUCAUUAUUGAAUGUUCAUGAUUUCAUUAUUUAUUUUGCACAUUUUUGCACAUUUUAAAAAAAAUGUCAGCUAAAUGAUACAUGUGGCUUCUUGUCAGAAUAGGGCUUAUUUUCAAACUGCCAAACAAAACCCUAAUAAUUCCAUCAAACUGGUGCAUCAAAAAGGUAGAUCUUAAUUUUUUUUCUGCUUUUAAAUAAAUUUAUGUUACAUGGUAUUUCCUUAGGAUAAGUAGAAGCAAGCGUGCUGACAUCCAAUGCCGAAGAUAAAUGUAAUAGUGUUAAAAUGUCCUCCUGGAGAAUAGCUGUAGUAAUACAAUUCUAGUAUUAGAUAUUUGUGUACAUAAAGUAUACAGUAAUUCAGGUUAAUGUUUCAUAUUCAUAAAUGUAUUUGUACCAAGUAAGAAGAUCAAUAGUUUCCUUAUUACCUUUUUAAAAGUUCUGUAAAGAAUAUUACAUUCAUAACUAGACUUAAGACUGUCAUAGCUACAAAAUCUGUCUUGAUGGCCUUUUUCUGUGGCUAGCAAAACAUUGUGCAUUAAUGUGAAAAUGUUAUCAGAAUUUACUCUCUUAAAAAGUGGUCUUAAAGUUUGUUUUGCUUUGAUAUGCCAAAAUUGUAAUACUUGCUGUUAUUUCUCAGGAGUCAUAAGGAUAUAGCAAAACUUCUUGUGGCAUUCUGAAAUAAACUGGACCAUUUAUUUUUUGCAAACCCCUUUCUUUGCCAUUAAAUGUUUUGUCAUUAAACAAAA